AUGGCCAAAGAAGGAACAACGGCUCCAAAAGAUACAGCAAUACUGUCAGCAAGGAAACUACCCCACGGAGGGAUACUUUAUGAACUUAAUGCACCCAUAUCUGUGGAAUGGCUCAACAUCCCAACCAAUAGAAGUACUUUCCUUAAUCAUUUCGACGCUAACACUAUCAUCAAAGACAGAGCAUACCACCUAUUAAUCGAGAAUGUCCCAAUAUCCUUCGACCCAAACUCAAAGGCAGCCAUAGCGGAAAUAGAAAUCAAGGGCGGACUGCAAACGAACUCAAUCUCCAAGACACGAUACAUCAAACCAGUAGCAAGACAAAGCCCGACUCAAAGAACAGCACACAUCGCGCUCACUCUCAACUCCAAGAUAGCUGCAAACCAGAUCAUUAGAUUCGGACUAUCUAUUGAGGAAAGAAAGUGUAUGGAAGGAAACUGCUAA